GCCCAGUGGUCCGUUGCAGUACACGGGAAAAGAGAGCGGAUGGGAGGGAGAGAGAGGAGGAAUCAGAUUAACAUCGCUAGAGAGGGUCGGUCGGAGGAGGGGAAAACAGGGAGGACACUGUAUCUUAUUCGCGGACGACAAACGGACAACAAACCAGCGAGUGAAUCUCAAACAAAACUGAAAAUGCUUCAGCAAGAUCGGGCCAUGAACCCUGUCCAUGGAAGUCAACCUCUGGUUGGACCACCGUCAACUCUGCGCAUCCAUUUGAACAGUCAGAAGAGAUGCGAGAAAGAUGGUAACUUUAACUUCCUGGGGCAGGAUGAUGACCCCAUGACAGGAGACGAAAAUCGCAACCAGGUGCGUCCAAGAGCGUUGGGUCGUGACUUGCCUCUUUCUUCCAACCACUAUGGACCUGGACCCCUUUCCCCUUUGUCUCGUCUCCCAUGCUGGAGUCCUUUGGAGCCUCUUCCUGAGAUUGAAAGUGGAGACGAUAUGGGCGGCAGAGUGCCUCCAGAUGGCGCAGAGGAGGGAAAGGUUGAUGAAGAGAUGAGGAGAGGGACGGAUGACGAAAAGGAGAAGACGUUGGGAGAGAGUGGGAAAGUAGAGAACCUACUGGACGACGAUGAUGAUGAAGAAGAGGAUGGAGUCAUAGACUGGGCUGACAGUGAUGAAGAUUUUGAGUUCAGCUACAGGUCAGAAAGCUCUUCCCCACUCAGCACAGAGAGUGGUGACAUUGGGGGCGCAGGGGCUCACAAUUCCAUCUGGGACCAAAUCUGCCAUGAACGUCCAACAGCAGACAAUGGGAAUGCACCAGUGGACGCCCUGAAAAACCAAAACCGUGUGGAUAAGAAGACAGAGCGGCGUCGGGAGAGUCUGGAGGGAACUGAUGCUGUUGAAGACGGCUCGUCGGAUUCAGACACCGACCCUUGUUCUGAGUUGCCGGACCUUAUGGAGGCUGUUUGGACGCUACAGGACCGGGAGAGGUUUAAGGCACAGGAGAUGGAGAAGCAUCAGGUCCAGCUGACCAUGUAUCGACGCCUGGCUCUGAUCCGAUGGGUUCGCACCUUGCAAAAUCGCGUCCAGGAGCAGCAGAACCGCCUCCAGUCCAGUUUCGACAUCAUUCUUACACAUAGGAAAGAGCUUCUGCGCAUGGGCGCUGCCACUGCUGCCCAAUAACAAAGACAAUCUGAGAAAAGUCAUGAGACCAGCUGAUGACUAUUAUCUUGUGAUCUUCGCAUCUUUGUGCAUCUCAUUCUUUUGAAACAAAUUACCUCCUGAGUCUCUGAACUGCUUUGCUCUAAUGUUCCAUAAUGCUAAAUUUUUAUCACUAUCAUAAAUGUGGUUAAAAGUUCUCCAGAACAUCACCUUGAACUGUGCCCAUGUGGUUAAUGAUGUUUCCGAACUCCUCCAACCUGAAGUUUUAAAAAAUGUCAUAUAUAUGUUUUGUGUGGUAUAAAAUAAAUUAUAUUUAACAAUAAA